AUGUGGCCCAACGUGCCGGGUUUGCUUCUUUUGGUCGCCUGCUGCCAGAUCCUGGCCAUAGGGCCGUGUUCCGGGCAGCCGUUGGUGAUCUGCUUUCAGGACCAAACGUACGAUGAGGUCAACAUUCGUUCGCGGAGCGUUAUUUGGCCAUGCGAGGACAGCACCGAUUGCAGCGAUAAGGUCGACAGCGCGCGCUGUUCCAUAUUCGGCUACUGCCAGUGCCCGGCAGGUCAUGUCUUUUCCACCGACGUCACGCGCUGCCUGCCGGAGUCCGCGUAUGGCGUAGCGUGUGAGGAGGCGGUCCAGUGCUCUCAUAUGCUCACCGGUGCCAGGUGCGAGGCCGGUGCUUGUACUUGUGACGGUGACUACACCUAUGUCCGCGGCCGCUGCCGGAAACUGCUGGAUCUCGGCAAGCCGUGCAGCGAGGAUAUCGAUUGCUUCUUCAGCCACAACCGGGAGGCGGUCGUGUGCCACCGGGGCACGUGCGAGUGUGCCGAGGGCUUCUACCGGCGCAGCACCAACGUUUGCCGCCGGCUUGUGACGAAUGGCGAACCAUGCUUAGUGCACCAGGACUGUGACGGGGACAAUCUUAGGUGCGAGUCCCAGAUAUGCACGGAUGCGGCCGCACAAGCGAAGUCAUUCCGUGAUGUCGCCAUCCAGACGGCGCCCGGUCCGGACGGGUCACCGGCGAAGGUGGACACUCGCGCAACCCGCGACGUCGAGACGAACACCGACGGGCGGGCGGGAGCACCGAAGCGGGUACAGAUUGCGGUCACCAAGCGGUCGGCGAAGACAAUCUGCGAAAAGUGUCGUCAAUUUGGAGAUGCGUGCGUGGAGGAAGGGGUCGAGUGUCCGGAAGUGCCUUACUCGGUGUGCCGGAUCGGGCAGUGCCACUGCAAGGAGGGUUACUACAACGUGCAGGGCCGCUGCAUGGCCGAGCUGGGCGAAUACGCACACGACGAGCAGUACUGCGACGAUGGCGCAGUGUUCCACAACAAUCGCUGCGUUUGCCAGAAUGACCAGUUCUACGACGUUAAUAUGCGCACGUGUCUGAAGCCCGCUCUCGGUAUCAACACAUCCUGUACGCAGCAGAGCCAGUGCUCGCCGUACGGUGCCGCGUACUGUCCGAGUUUAUCGCCAAAACGGUGCACCUGCCAUCCGUACGCCGAGUACGACGAGGCUUCGCAGCUGUGCGUCGAAAAGCAGGGCUACGAGGCGCACUGCCGGCAGGACACGGACUGUGCGCUGGAGAAUGCCCGGUGCUCGGAGGAGGAGACUUGCGUCUGUAAGGCGAGCUAUUUCUACGUAAACGAGCGGUGCAAGGCGGCCAAGGGUGGGUCCUGUGCGACGGCCGAAGACUGUGCGUUCGAGGAGGCCGAGUGCUCCGAGGACGAAUCGGAGGCGCCCAGUGUGGGCAGCGACGGUGCGAAGCAGUGCCAGUGCAAGCGGGGCCACCAGUACCACCCGGGCAGCAACAAGUGCCUGAAGGUGGCCGAGCAGUACGAGGAGGAGUGUAGCGUGGACGAGCAAUGCCAACCGCUGCUCGGCGGCCUGGGUCAGUGUAUCGGGGCCAAGUGCAAGUGCAACGAGGACGAACACCACUUCAAGGAUGGCAAGUGCAACACGAAAGUUGCUCUCGACGAACGGUGCGACAGGUCGAGCGAGUGCUUUGUAGAGGACCAGCAGGACAAUGUCGAAUGUCGUAAUUCGGCUUGUCAGUGUAAGUUUGACUACUCCCCGGACGUGGAGCGGCAAAAGUGCAUUAGACCUAGUGGCAAAAAUUCUUCCGAUCGUCCCAGUGCCCUGAAGGUGAUUACGCUGAUGCUUACCAGUGCCGCAGUGCUGAUUACCGGUUCGGCGCUACGCGAUGCAUACUACGCCUAGGGAUGCGAUACUCUACUGGAUUGUGCCGGAACGUCUCCUCCGCGCUGACCGUUCGGUGACUUGAGCGUUUUGUUAGAAUGCGUCGGCCACCAGGAGCGCCGUGUGGUCGUCGAAAGCGGUGUAGUAGAAUGUUAGUGAGAAAAACGCAGAAUUGACUCGAACUCAAGGGGAAGAGGCAGAGAAGAACGGAAGAAUAGCAAUAUGCCACUAUUUAUACACCAACCUGCACACCUGUAGCGAUACCAACUCCGGAGGGCUUGAGCUAAGAACCAACGUGUCACGUGUUCGUACUAGUAAUAUGACUUUAUCGUUGCGC